UUAGUAACGCUGUUACACGCUCUCGCCACCGCCAAACAUCUUGAACCGCAACAUAUAGCUGCACCAGCCUCGAUUCACGUCCCUGAUAAUGCUAGUGCAUUUUCGUCUGAUGAGCUACGACGCGCUGGGCGUGCCCGCCGAGGCAUUCGUUUCGCAAUGGCCCGGGACCGGAGUUCCCGGGCAACUCGCUGCAAGAGGCUCAGCCUCGAUUCCAGUGACUACCGGUAUACCCUGCACCGGUUACAUAACGUUCGGAAUCUCCUUCCAGUCAUCGCAGAUUCCACACACUUCCAUCAUACGCGUAGAAUAUACCACAGCGUCGACGCGUCCCUGCCAAAACACGAUACCAGCUGCGAGGGGUGACAUCAUCUGCUCUGACAGACACGCCCAUUCGAGGUUCUCAACGUUCACCCAUCAUCCUGCAAGUGACCAUGCGGUAUGGGCUUGCACAAUCCAAACGCCGCGACCACCAGGCGUUGUGGCCAGCAGGCAACACAUGCGAACUUCAGUCACGAAUCUUCGUUACGUCGAUGCAUGUAUCACUGAGAUAGUUACAGCAUCGGGACGCCGCAGACCUGACGUUCAGAUUCGGGCUUAUGGACUCUACUUAUCGUUUUCCCAGCAUCAAGAGAAACCACUCGCAACUACUGCCAGCGCAAUGCUGCGCGUCCACUCAGUACAGGAUGGCGGCCUUCAGUACACAGGUUCCACAGCUCAUUGUUAAUUCAUCCAUGCUGAUCGUUCAUAUCACUGCAACAAAGGUCUGUGCGUCAAACACGCAUGCACCGCUGUUGGUCAUUUUGAAGUGUCCGGUCAUAUUGGCAACACAGCGAUCGGUGCACAGGAUAUUGCUGGUGCGUCGGGCAAGUCAGGCAGUGGUUUUGAACCCUGG